AGUCUUUCAGUUUUUACAUUCCUUACAACGCUUGCAACUAAAUAACUGGCUCUUAAUAUUUGACUUGUAUUUCAAAGUUCAAGAUUUUUGAAAAAUUUCAAAAAUAGAAAAUCAUAAAUAUUUUUAGUGAACGAUUCAACUUUUAUAAAUAACAGUGUUAUAUUUUUAAAAGUUAAUUUUAGUGUGAAAAAUUUAACGAAUACAUGGCUAAUUAAAAAUUUAUCUGUAAAUAUUUAAGAAAAUUUUAGGCGGCUAAAUUAAACGGAAACUCGAUAAAAGCCGCGCAAAGCAUAAAGAAUAUAACAAAAUCUAUAUAGAUAUAUUGUGUAAUUUAUAUACAUAUAUAUAAAUAUUACACAGCUUGCGCGGCAGAGUCGACUCUCUUCUUGAUUUCCUUGUUACUCUUAUUCACGAUCUUCACCAGUACACUCUCUUGACAUCCGCGUAAAAUAUGACCAGGGCUAAAAUAGAACUCGGAGAUGUGACCCAGCACAAUAUUAAACAAUUAAAAUUACUUAAUCAAGUUGUAUUUCCCGUAUCAUACAAUGAAAAAUUUUACAAGGAUGUCUUGGAGGCUGGUGAACUUGCCAAAUUAGCUUACUACAAUGACAUUGUGGUUGGAGCAGUUUGCUGUAGAGUUGACACAUCGGAAAAUUCACGAAGAUUGUACAUAAUGACGCUGGGAUGUUUAUCACCAUACAGAAGACUUGGUAUUGGUACGGUUAUGGUACAACAUGUAUUAAAUUAUGUACACAAGGAUGGAAACUUCGAUUCAAUAUUUCUGCAUGUUCAAGUGAACAACGAAGGAGCUAUUGAUUUUUAUAAAAAAUUUGGGUUUGAAAUUGUUGAAACGAAACAACAUUAUUACAAAAGAAUUGAACCUGCAGAUGCACACGUUUUACAAAAAACAUUACGCCCUCAAAUAAAUUCAAACCAUCAAAUUUCAAUUUAAUAAUAUUAAUACGUAAUCUAAUAAUAAACAAACAAAAGUAAAAUACUAAAUUAAACUCAAUUAUCGUGAAUAAUAUCACAUUUUACGAUUAUCUUGUCUUGGUUAUUAUUUCAUUCUGUUUAGUUAUUAAUUUUAACUUUUUUUUUUGUUUAUCCGCUGUACAAAAUGUCAAUAAAAUAUUCUCUUAUUUCUUA